GCCCAGCAGCUGCAGGAGAAACGGGGCAAGGGGGCUGGGCGAGGCUUCGUGUUGCUUCGGUCGCCAGCCGACCGUCAACAAUCGAUGUCGAUUGUUAGACCAAGAUGGCGGCGCACUGAGUCACCUGGUGGUAGUCGAGUAACAUGAUAAAAAAGUUGCCGAAGUCCGGAGGUUUGGUCACGAAAAGCAUCAAACUUGUUAUUGGACUUGAGGUGCUCGCGCUCACCGCAUCGUACGCUGGUUGGGCAUACGUGAACAGGGAUCGUGACGCACGAUUCUAUCUGUACAAGAACCACAGCUGGCUUUUGGACAAGUAUUAUCUUGUCGGGGAAGUGCUGUCAAAGGGCGAUCGUCUCCGUCAAGUAGACUUGGAGUACUGGAGAGCGGAAAAGAAAAUAUAAAGUAAGCCACGGCAUAAAAAUGGCCGUCAAAUCCCUGGCCUAUUUGGCCGGCUUUUCCGGACUGGGCUAUGUCCUUUAUGUAGCUGUCACUCCUGAUGAGGGUGACAUCAAAAAACACUUGCCUGAAGGCCAAGUUCAUCACCAAGUAGAGGAGCAGAAGACUCGAGCAUCCUUUGGUUCCGUUCUUAAAUUGGCAGCUGAAGGAAAAUCGCCAAUUUAUUUGAAAUCGAAAGAAGAAAUCGAAGCAGAAGUUAAAGCUAUUAAGAAAUAAACAAGAGAACUCUGCAAUUAAUCAAGAUGAUGGACAAAGCUCGAUUGUUUGAGGAGCGCAUGAACCAGCGAGAGACUGAGCGACAGGCUCUCAAAGAGAAGAAAAAUGAAUCCGACAAUAAUGAAAGCAUGGUGGAACGUGUCCGCUACUUUUCCGAGAUUCUGUCCCUCAAAAGAGGCGAAAUCGAACACAGCCUAAACGCUGCGUCCGAAAUGAACAAGCCAGAGCUGCCAGAGCAUUUCAACAAGAUCAGCAACGAAUUGCAGCAAUUGAACCGCCUGCUGUCCGACUCCUCCCUCUUCCUCCCUUUCUACAACAUCCGCAAAGCUCAGGAGCAGGUGCAAGACUUACAGCAGCGCUCUAUCAUGCUCGAAGAGCAAUUGCUUCCGAAGCAGAAGUUUGGCUUUAAGUCCCGCAAAAUGAAGAGCCUGCUGAAGAACGACAUCAUUCCGUGCAAGAUUGAAGACUUGGUGGACUCGGUGCCCAAGAAGUUGUUUUCCAUGGAGUUGUACAAGGACAACAGCUGCGGCUUCGCGGACAAGGAAGACGAGGAGCUGAUCAUGAAGGAGAAUGUACUUUCCGGAACUGACGUUGUGCUGACUAAUCUGAAGCGGUGUCGUGUGAAGCUGAUGGGCGCUCCAAGCACCCUGCACAUGACUAACUUGACCCACUGCGAAAUCCUGGUGGGGCCUGUCUCGACCUCGGUGUUUCUCGACAAGUGUGUCGACUGCACCAUGGUCUUUGCCUGCCAGCAGGUCCGAAUCCACAACACGAUGCGCUGCAACUUAUACGUCCACGUGACCAGCAGGGCCAUCAUUGAGGAGACCAAACAGGUGCAGUUUGCGCCGUACAAUUGGCACUACCCGGGACUAGAGGAGCAUUUCAUCAAGGCUGGCCUGGACCGAGACGUCAAUCACUGGCACGCCGUGGACGACUUCAACUGGCUUGCCUUGGAUGUGCCUUCGCCUAACUGGAGCAUUCUCGAGGAACCUGACAGAGUUGUGGAUUGGCACUAAAAUGGCUCUCACUAUGCUUUAUUUCUUGCACUCCUCUUUACACUCCUGAUCUGGUCUGAUCGCUUGACACUUAUACUGGUGAUUAAUUGCAGUCUGUUCUCUUAUAAGUUUUAUGCAAAUGUAGGAAGUUAACACACAAAAUAAAAUUUUCUAUAGAUUGGAAAUUAA